CUGUACAUUUUAGAUUUUUCAAAUUCAAUAGGUUUUUUUCUGGGAACUAAAAUUAUGGUCUAUGAAAGCUUCUUACGGCUUAUCGCACUCUUGGUGGGUAGCCUAUAUCCCGCAUUCAUGUCCAACAAAGCUUUGAAUGCCAAGAGACCCUGUGAUGGAAAUAUGCGAUUAUGGGUAUCAUACUGGAUUGUAUAUGGCGUCUUUAGGGUCUUCGAUUUCUUCACUCAAGGAUGCGUUCCGUUGGUGCCUUUCCUCAAUGAGUUCAAGGUCCUGUUUCUGUGCUGGCUUUUGCCGACACUCGGCGGCGGCAGUAGGAUAAUAUACGACCAGUUUCUAUGCUCGUUUCUCAAAAGCAAAGAGAAGUCCAUUGAUCAGGCACUGCACAAAGCAACUCAGAGAGGCGGUGACAUUAUCGGACAAGUGAGGAAUGUGAUCAUUGGUCAGGCAAUGCGGCUGAUUAAUUGCCUCCUCGCCUCGCGACACAAUACACACAAUCUCCGGAUGACGCCCAGUGUUGAAGUUAUCAUCAAUGAAGUGCUUGCCAAACGGGAGUUCAGCGAGCGAAUGCGCAAAGAACAAAAUCAAGGACCACAAGAAAUCCUUUCUGGUACGAUGAACGAAGCAACCGUUGGGAUGAACAAUCUCUAUAUGGCCAAGGAAAACGUGGGUAGAACUAAACCCGAACUAAAGGCGAAGCCUGCAGCCCGCCAACGCCAACUGCCCAUCAUAGACAACAUAGAUAUCAAUCUCGAUCAAAAUUAA